CCAAUCCAAACCAGGCGCGCGGUGGCCUGCAAAACACUUCGGGACAGGGCAAGCGCAUGCGCCAUAGAAGGACCUCGAGUCGCAGCUUUUGCUGAGCGCAUGAGCAGUAGCAGACGCUCAGUGUCCUGGGCGAGCGCAUGCGCAGUGUUAUCGGGCGGUGUCGGUUCCGGGUAAAGCUGCGAUAGGAGCGGCUGCAGAAGCUUCUUGAUCAGGUCGGCCAUGGCGGCAGCAGCGGCAACAGCGGCCCCAGGCGGGGCGGGGGCUGUGCCGGUACCAGGAGCUCCAAGGCUGGGAGUGGAGACGGUGAAAGGGCAGGUGUUUGACGUGGGGCCGCGCUACACAGACCUGCAGUAUAUCGGCGAGGGGGCGUACGGCAUGGUCUGUUCUGCCUAUGACCAUGUCAACAAGAUCCGGGCUGCCAUAAAAAAGAUCAGUCCGUUUGAGCACCAGACAUACUGCCAACGCACACUGCGAGAGAUCAAGAUCCUUUUGCGCUUCAAGCAUGAGAAUGUCAUCGGCAUCAAUGACAUUCUGCGUGCACCUACCAUCGAUCAGAUGCGCGAUGUAUACAUAGUUCAGGAUUUGAUGGAAACAGAUCUCUACAAGCUGCUGAAGACCCAGCAGCUCAGCAAUGACCACAUCUGCUACUUUCUCUACCAGAUUCUCCGAGGGCUGAAAUACAUUCAUUCUGCCAACGUGCUUCAUCGGGACCUGAAGCCCAGCAACCUUCUCAUCAACACCACGUGUGACCUGAAGAUCUGUGACUUUGGCCUGGCCCGGAUUGCUGAUCCAGACCAUGACCACACAGGUUUCUUGACAGAAUACGUUGCCACUCGCUGGUACCGAGCCCCCGAAAUCAUGCUUAAUUCCAAGGGCUACACUAAGUCUAUUGACAUAUGGUCUGUGGGCUGCAUUCUGGCUGAGAUGCUGUCAAACCGACCCAUCUUUCCUGGCAAGCACUACCUGGACCAGCUCAACCACAUCCUGGGUAUUUUGGGUUCCCCAUCUCAAGAUGACUUGAACUGCAUCAUCAACAUGAAGGCUCGCAACUAUCUCCAGUCACUGCCUCAAAAGCCCAAGGUCCCCUGGGCCAAACUCUUCCCUAAGGCUGAUCCCAAAGCUCUGGACCUGCUGGACAAAAUGUUGACCUUUAACCCUAAUAAGCGCAUCACGGUGGAGGAGUCCCUUGCCCACCCUUACCUAGAGCAGUACUACGAUCCCUCAGAUGAGCCGGUUGCUGAGGAGCCAUUCACCUUUGACAUGGAGCUGGAUGACCUGCCCAAGGAGAAGCUGAAAGAACUUAUAUUUGAGGAGACAGCGCGAUUCCAGCCUGGCUACCAAGGACCCUGAGGGGCUAUUUGGACCACUGGUCUCUGCUUCACCUGGAGAUGAUUUGGGACUGUACCCAGCUCCCCUACUGGAUUUUAGAGGGGAGCACAGGAUUCAGGGGUUACCAGUUUGGGGGUGCCCCUGUCGACUUGCUGUACAACUGCGCUUUGCUACGUGGCUGUGAACCCUGGUAACCCAUCUCUGGACCCCCUUAAUGUGAUGUCUUGGGGUGAGACCCUGGUGCCCAGGUUGGGGAAGGGGAGGGGAGCAACCUCCCCUACAGGAGGGAAAGGAAAUCGGUUUCCCCUGCCUUUUAGCCCUCCCUCAAAUAAAUUGAAGGGGGAGUGUCAUCUUUCUCUUUUUUUUUGGCAUUCUGUUGUCUUUGUUAACGAGUUAAUAAACUAAUGCUGAUUUUUAGCAGGGCCAUUUUCUGAUCCCUUGGGCAUUAUUAGCAAAGGGAGUUGAACUUAAAAUCCUGGCUCCUGGACUCUCCCUCGUAUGAUCCACAGAACCACACUACCGUUCCAGAACUGGGAACAGAGCUCAAAGGUUCUGACGCCCCAGUGUUCCUAUGCUCCUCAAGAACCCUGGCUUCCUUAUUCCUCCCUGCACAAAUGGAGGGCACGUAUGUGCUGGUUUUUGUCCACUGGUUAGUGCCAUUUUGCAAACACCUGUAAUGCACAUCUCUGACCUUAACUUGUCACUAUGGGCAACAACUGGUGUGCUGUGCAAGAUAAAGAUCCUUACGAAGCUAGAAGGUGUGCCUGGUUUGAGGAGGGGCAAAUGUCUCCCCCUUCUAAUUCUGUGUUUUUUACAAAUCUGCGGAUGAAAAGGAAGGCUUUCAAUUUCAUUUGCUUCCUCUAGAAGGCAGGGUUUGUGGUUCUGCCUCUCUCUUUUUCCUUUCUAUUUUACAUCAGAUAAAUUGGGCAGUUGGGUAUGUGAACCCUUAUGUACCUCAAGAAACCAAUUGGCCUCUGCAACAGCACUGCACUUUCGUUGUCUUGCUGCUACAAACUAACAUGGCUGCCCUCUAAUUUCCCCCUCUUCAUCAGUGAUACUCUUAAACAACAGUAUGCGGAAUUUUAACCCCCUGUUUCCCUCAUGCAAAUCAACAUCCAAAAAGAUCGGGGCCUGCCACUAUCAGCAAAUGUGAACUUAGAAGGGAGAGAAAAGCUGGGAAGAUGAUGGACGAUCACAUCUUGUGUGUCCUGAGGGGACAACCCAGUUGCCCUGUAACAGCCAAACUGUGCAGGGGAGGAGGUAUUUUGGAUACAUGAGCACUAAACAGGAGCAAGCGGUUAGACUGGUGUCUGCUGAAAGUAGUGGGAAUGAAGCCACCUCGGUUGAAAGUGAACCCUUUAAAGGAGCACCACUUUUCAGAUGGACUAACUUCCUUAUUUCAAGUCCUCCCAUCUACAUGUGUGCCAUUUUUGGGUACCAAUUUGGAUGAGCAAGACUUGCCAGAACCUUUGGGUUCUCUCAAAGACGGAAACUUUGUAAGCAGAAAAAUUGGAAUGUGGGAUUUUCUUUGGUUUCCUUAGCUAUUCAGUUGAGUGAGGAGGAAGUCUCUUUGUUCAGAGAGAGGUGCCUGUUUGUCUACCUGUGGUGACAAGCUAUGGACUUCCUUCUGCGGUGUGAAAUACUAUGAGGGAACGUGGAUUGAAGGGAAUUAAUGCCUCCCCAUCUCCUCCUGCUUUGAAUUGUAUAAAAGACCCUGAAAUAAAUCAUUCCUUUAUUCCUUGAA